UGUUUGCCACCCAAGUCGGAUUUGGUCCGAUUUUCCUCGGCGGGUGGAACGGUGUCCUACCGAGACAGCUUUGCCUUUCGAUCGGUUCUCCAGCGGGAACACCUCCCGGCCGUCAUGAAUAUUCAACACCUUGUGAGGAGGAGCUUGAGGAAUCCCCUGGUGAGGAUGUACGGAUAUAAAGGCAGACCUGCCCUCCUUUAAACUCACACGUGGACUCUUGUUGACAACACGACUCUUCCUUCACACAGUCUUCCGCUGUUUCUUCAUGAUGAACUACACAGAGCUGAGCAGCUGUCGGUUCCAGUUCGACACGUCCUACCCACAAUCACCGGACCAAGGCUUGGACAUGUUCGGCAGUCUGCAGGUCCCCGCCCCGAUGGAAGCGUACGGAGGCUACGGUGAGUCCGCCGGGCACGUCCCGGCCCCGGCGGCGGCAGCUCACGGGCCCGGGCGGUGUCUGAUGUGGGCCUGUAAGACGUGCCGGAGCAGGAAGGCGUCUCGGCACGACAGGAGGAAGGCCGCCACCAUGAGGGAGAGAAGACGGCUCGUCAAGGUGAACGAGGCGUUCGAGGUGCUGAAGAAAAAGACGCACAUGAAGCCGAACCAGAAGACGCCCAAGGUGGACAUCCUCCGGAACGCCAUCGCCUACAUCGAGCAGCUGCACCAGACUCUGCGGGACGGUCAGGAGAACUCGGCGGGACAGAGUGCGGACUCCCCCGCGGCCAGCCCCGGGGCAUGCUCCGAUGGAAUGGAUUUAAACAGUCCGGCCAGCUCGUCAUCAGAGUCAAGUUUCACCUGGACGGACGGUGACCUGUACCCCUCUACUGACCUCCUCUCCGAUUUCCUGUCCAGCAUGUCUAGUGAAGCCGCUGGGACGAGUCUUGACAACCUGUCGUCCAUCGUCAACAGCAUCGCGCUUCCCGACGGGCACCUGUAGUCAUGGACACAAGAUGGCGGCGUCCAAGAUGGCGGAUCCAAGAUGGCGGCCACAAUCACUAAAAUAUUCCGUUCCUUUGUAAUCAAUUCCAUGUUCGACGGACUCUUCUGUCACUAAUAGAAAGUCGUAAAUUUUAUACGUAAUUGACAUUUCGACCAUGUACGACUUGUGCAAGAAUGUCAUCGAGAAAUGUGUCGUGAUUUUUUGUCAAUAUGAAUCUAUUUUUAUAAUAAAAUAUCAAGGAAAAGUA